AGAGUGAAGCUUGAAUAGGGAAGCCAUGGAAACUCUCUCCCUCUCCACCACGACCACCACCACCUUGUCCACAACAUUUCCAACCCAAACCCACAAAAGCCUAAAACUCCAGGCAAUCACUUUAAACCCUAAAUUCCCCAAUUCACCAAAAAGCAAUACAUACCGUAAUCUUUCUUUAUCCUCCUUUUCUUCUUUUAUUUCUUGUAUCUCCGUAUCAACAAGAAUAAAAGCAGCGUCAGGAUCAAGUUCUACGCUUUCGGCUCCUUCUUUAGGUUCAGCUACCACUGACUAUCACCACUGGAUGGUGCUCAUGGAAAAACCUCCACAGGGGGUCAAUUCCAAGGCAGAAGUCAUUAACUACUAUGUCAAGACUCUGGAGAGAGUUUUGGGUAGUGAAAAGGAUGCUCAGAUGUGUAUAUAUGAUGCUUCUUGUGAUACCAAUUUUGGGUUUUGCUGCGCCAUUGAUGAAGAGGCUUCUCGUGAGCUUGCUAGUUUGCCUGGGGUCUUAUUGGUUAGACCAGACCCGGAUUUAGAAUCAGAGAAGAAAGAUUAUAGUAUUUCAUAUGUUCAAUCUGGUCCAUCAAGCCCAGAAAUUAGCAGUCAAAUGUUGUUUCCUGCUGGAAAUACCAAAAACUGGCUGGUUAGAAUUGGCAAGCCAGGUUUUGGGGUUGCUACUAAGGCACAAAUGGUUGAUUAUUAUGCCCAAAUACUAACCAAGGUGUUGGGGAAUGAGAAUGAUGCACAGAUGUGCAUCUAUCACAUUUCCUGGGAAUCCAAUUUUGGUUUCUGUUGUAUACUUGACGACGAAUGUGCACAGGAACUAGCUGGUGUACCAGGUGUUUUAUCUGUUCAGCCAGAUGUAGACUUUGAAUCAGAGAAUAAGGACUAUGGAGGUAAUAAUCUACAAAGUUCCCUUGAUUCAAAGGACUCUCCUGAGGAAAGUCAAGCAGCCCCCAUAAAGACGAAGAAACUUUUUAUAACUGGCCUCUCAUUUUACACGUCUGAGAAAACCUUGCGUGCUGCAUUUGAGCCCUUUGGUGAGCUUGUUGAAGUUAAAAUUAUAAUGGACAAGAUCUCUAAAAGGUCGAAAGGGUAUGCAUUUAUAGAGUACACCACAGAGGAGGCUGCCGGUGUAGCACUCAAAGAGAUGAAUGGCAAGAUCAUCAAUGGCUGGAUGAUAGUUGUUGAUGUUGCCAAGAGUAGUCCUCCAAGAUACAGCAGGAGUCGCCCAAGACCAGCUGCCUAAUCCCUCCGAUGGGCUCUUGUGGUAGAGGGCGUCGAGGCUAGUUUUUAGGACCCAAUUCUUUCAUGUUAAAGCCAUCGAAUCGUUAUCAUUUGAAAA